CCUGAUGCCACACCCUGCGCUUUGGACCAAACAUCGCUUCUGAUACUACUUGGUUUGGGAGCGUCGCAGAGCACCUUUAACUUAAUUAUCAGUUUUUUGGUUAACUUUACGGGCCGCCGGAACAUCUCCAUAGCCGUGAUAUCCUUAUGUGGUGUGAGCGGCAUCCUCGUGAAUUUGGUGCCUAAUGUCAUAGGCAGCGGUUUGUUAUUCUGCGUCAUGCUUCUGGGAGUUGUAGUCGUUGGACUAAUAACUGCUAUGUGUCUUGCUCUGUUUCCAACGAAUUUAAGGGCAAUGGCUAUCUCAUUUACAAUGAUAACUCAAUACUUAGGUAUUGUGGCAUCCGUUCAGCUACUGAACUGGCUCCUUACAUUCAACUGUGCAGCUGGUUUCUACAUAUUUGGGUCCUUAUUUACUUCGGCCGCAGUAGCCGCAUUGUUCCUGCCAGAUGACCGAAAAGCUCAGACGACGGAAACACCCCAAGAGUCAGAGGAAGAUACAGAAACACCAGCCAAAAAGAUGUAUUAA